AUGUGGGAUAGAAACAAGAUAGCCUCCAUCUCUUCCCACUACAGUGUGACAGCCUCCACCCCUUCCCACUCCAGUGUGACAGCCUCCAUCCCUUCCCACUCCAGUGUGACAACCUACAGUCCUUCCCACUCCUUUGUGACAGCCUCCAUCCUUUCCCAUUCCAGCGUGAAAGCCCCCAUCCCUUCCCAUCACAGUGUGACAGCCUCCAUCCCUUCCGACUCUAGUGUGACAGCCUCCAGUCCUUCCCACUCCAAUGUGACAGUCUCCACCCCUUCCCACUCCAGUGUGACAGCCUCCAGUCCUUCCCACACCAGUGUGAGAGCCUCCAUCCCUUCCCACUCCAGUGUGACAGCCUCCAUCCCUUCCCACUCCAGUUUGACAGCCUCCAUCCCUUCCCACAUCAGUGUGAGAGCCUCCACCCCUUCCCACUCCAGUGUGACAGCCUACAUUCCUUCCCACUCCAGUGUGACAGCCUCCAUCCCUUCCCACUUUUGUGAGACAGCCUCCACCCCUUCCCACUCCAGUGUGACAGCCUCCAUCCCUUCCCACUCCAGUGUGACAACCUACAGUCCUUCCCACUCCUUUGUGACAGCCUACAGUCCUUCCCACUCCAGUGUGACAGCCUCCACCCCUUCUCAUUCCAGUUGUGACAGCCUCCAUCCCUUCCCACACCAGUGCGACAGCCUUCAUCCUUUCCCACUCCAGUGUGACAGUCUCCAUCCCUUUCCACACCAGUGCGACAGCCUUCAUCCUUUCCCACACCAGUGUGAGAGCCUCCAUCUUUCCCACACCAGUGUGAGAGCCUCCAUCUUUUCCCACUCCAGUGUGACAGCCUCCAGUCCUUCCCACACCAGAGUGACAGCCUCCAUCCCUUCCCACUCCAGUGUGACACCCUCCAUCCCUUCCCACUCCAGUGUGACAGCGCCCAUCCCUUCCCACUACAUUGUGAGAGCCUCCAUCCCUUCCCACUCCAGUGUGAGAGCCUCCAUCCCUUCCCACUCCAGUGUGAGAGCCUCCAUCCCUUCCCGCUCCAGUGUGACAGCCUCCAUCCCUUCCCACUCCAGUGUGAGAGCCUCCAUCCCUUCCUACUCCAGUGUGACAGCCUCCAUCCCUUCCCACUUUUGUGUGACAGCCUCCAUCCCUUCCCACUCCAGUGUGACAGCCUCCAUCCCUUCCCACUCCAGUGUGACAGCCUCUAUCCCUUCCCACCAUGGCCAUAAUUCACCAUAA